AUGUGUGAUAAUGCCACAAACUUCGUUGGAGCAAACCGAGAGCUAGAAGAACUACGUAUGCAGCUGUGCAACCAGCAGUUUCAACAUACGAUGAUAAAGUCUUCAGAAGAAGAAGGCAUUGAAUUCAAAUUCAUUCCACCGCGCUCUCCGAAUUUCGGUGGUUUAUGGGAGGCGGCGGUCAAGUCCUUCAAAAAUCACUUCCGCAAGACUAUAGGUGCCAGAACACUAACAUACGACGAACUAAAUACCACAGUUCAGCAAGUUGCUGCCAUUCUCAACUCACGCCCAUUAACACCUAUGAGCAAUGAUCCUUACGAUUACUCUGCAUUGACACCCGGACAUUUCCUGGUUGGAAGGCCGCUGACAGCAGUUCCUGAACCAGAUUUACAAGCAAUUCCCGAGAAUCGUCUAUCACUUUGGCAACGUACACAAAGUUUCGUUCAGCAGCUAUGGCGGAAAUGGAAAACGCAGUACCUAUCGGAUCUUCACAACAGAACGAAAUGGACACGGCAGCGUAACAAUAUUGCUGUUGGCACUAUGGUUCUAAUUAAAGAGGACAACCUACCUCCCCAAAAGUGGCAAUUAGGACGCAUAGCAGAAGUUUUCAUCAGUGCAGAUGACAACAUUCGGGUUGUAUCUGUGCGAACCAAAGAUGGCGUCUACAAAAGGAGCAUAUCUAAGAUUUGCAUCCUUCCUAUCAGGGACAACGACGAGAAGUCCCACUUGUAG